AUGAAAAGUGAUAAAGAAAUAUUGCAUACACUCAGAAGAUUUAAGGAAGCAAAAAUUGAAUUAAAAAAAUAUUUAAGUUGGAUUGAACAAAUCAAAUUAGAAAUGGUUUUGGCAGCUUAAUCAGAAAAAUAAAUCAAUUAUUAUAGAAAUCAGAUUCAGGGCUUUGAUACUAAUAAACUCAAAAAUGGAAAUUAUCCAACUAGUGAAUCCUUAACAGAAGAGGUUCAAAUUAAAUGCAAUUAAAUGACUUUUUAAUCAUAACAAUAAGAAUUAAACUAAGAUAAUGUUAGAGAAUUUAUUAAUAAAUAUGAAAAAAUGUUAGUCUAAUAAGAUUAGCAACAAUAAUAAACUACUCAAAAUUCAGGUUAAACAUUAUUAAUCAGAGAUUCUAAAUAACAGUUUGGAACAAGUACUAUAGAAGAAAUGUUUAAAUUAUCUCAAUCCUAAUAAGACUCAUAAUAAUAACACCAAUACAGUUAUGAUACUUCUAAUUUUGGAAAUGACUAGAUUGGGAAAAGAAGGUAGGAGGAGAACUUGUUCAAUAAUGUACAAAACUUUUCCAAGGAAUAUGAAUAAGAGUAAAGCUUGUAAUCAUCUAAAUGUUUCAAGGAUUAUAUGAUGAAUUAAGAAAGGGUAGACAUUAAUUACAAUUAAAAUAAAGAACCUUAAAAAAAAUCAUUUGAGCAGUUUUAUUAGGAACAUGUAGAAGGAGAGAUCAACAAUAUCUAAAUGGAAAUAGAGGAAAUGUAAAGGUAUUAUGGAAUAAUUAAAUCUAGAUUCCUUUAAAGAGUGUAAACAGCAAAAGAUAAACUAACUAAUAGUUUUAAGGACCUUUAAUAAAUUCCUGUUAUUAAUAGAUAAAGUAGUGAAAAUUCUAUUUAAAAGGUGACAGAAGAUCUUAAAUUAAUUGACAUAAUUAAAUAAAAUAUGAUAAAAUAGAUGGAAAAUAAUAUAGAUUAAGAUAAAAUUAGAAAACUAAGAAACAUGAAGCAUUAAAUUUAAUUAUACUUUAAUAAUGUUGAAGACGAAUUACUGAAGAUAAAUGAAGAAGCCUCUGUGGUUUUAUGA